AUGGCCAGUCCUUCGUGUUGGCGUAUACUGACGCGCAGGAAAGUGCUCUCCUACGAUGGCAGUUCGGAGAAGCUUGGCCGGAUACUGAACACUUUCGACCUGACGGCACUCGGAGUGGGAGCUACGCUCGGUGUUGGUGUGUACGUGCUCGCGGGCCAUGUCUCCAAGGAUCAGGCAGGUCCUUCGGUUGUGCUGUCGUUUUUAAUAGCGGCUGCCGCGUCCUUUCUGGCUGGACUGUGCUACGCUGAGUUCGGAGCACGAGUGCCCAAGUCAGGAUCGGCGUACAUCUACAGCUAUGUGUGUAUCGGCGAGUUUAUGGCCUUCAUCAUCGGCUGGAACCUGAUGUUGGAGUACAUCAUUGGAUCAGCGAGCGUAUCGCGUGGUUUGAGCCUGUACAUCGACACGCUGGCAAAUGAUACGAUGAAGACACGCUUCCUAGAAGUGGCGCCAAUUGAGUGGGAUUUCAUGUCCAACUACUUUGACUUUUUUGCCUUCUCCGUUGCGAUCUUACUAGGCAUCGCUUUAGCAUUCGGGCUCAAAAAGUCUACCAUGGUGAACAAUGCCUUCACCGUGCUAAACAUCUUUAUCGUGCUGUUCGUUAUAGUGGCCGGUGCCAUUAAGGCGGAUCCGGAGAAUUGGCGCAUAAAGCCGGAAAAUGUUUCCAGUCUGUACAAUGCCGGCGAGGGAGGAUUUUUCCCGUUCGGCUUCGAGGGAACGCUCCGGGGUGCAGCUACCUGUUUCUUCGGUUUCGUUGGUUUCGACUGCAUUGCCACGACGGGCGAGGAAGUGCGAAACCCCCGAAAGGCAAUCCCCAGAGCGAUCCUUUGCUCGUUGACCAUCAUCUUCCUUGCGUACUUCGGCGUCUCAACGGUGCUGACCCUCGUUUGGCCGUACUACAAACAGGACGUGAACGCUCCGUUACCGUUCGUUUUCAACGAAAUCGGAUGGCACUUUGCGAAAUGGAUCGUGGCAAUCGGCGGCAUCAUCGGGCUGGUGGCAAGUCUGUUCGGUGCGAUGUUCCCGCAGCCUCGCAUCAUCUACGCGAUGGCACAGGACGGGCUGAUCUUUCGGGCACUCGGUGAGGUUAGCCCACGGUUCAAGACACCGGUGUUUGGGACACUCUGUGCGGCCAUGCUUACCGGCACGAUGGGCGGUUUGUUCGAUUUGAGGGCGCUGGUUAACAUGCUGUCGAUCGGAACGCUCAUGGCGUACACCGUGGUUGCAAUCUCGAUACUCAUUCUGAGAUUUUCCGAAAACCCCGAUCCAGCUAUUCCAACCACAAGCACCAGAGACACGUACGAGUCGUCAAACUUGCUGAAGGCACGGGAACGUGUUACCGGUUCCGUUUUCUUGAAGCAGCUGUUCAAUCUGUCCUGCAUUCGGUUGCCAACGAACGUAUCCAGCAGUGUGGUCGGCGUACUGGUGACAAUAUACUGUCUCCUAGCAAUUGCACUUUCGCUAACGAUCUUCUACGCUAAAGACGCUAUCUACGAUAUGGAACCAUGGGCCUGGAUACUGUUCGGUGUGCUGCUGGGCCUUACACUGCUUGUGCUGCUCUUGAUCGCGAUACAACCACGUGAGCAAGCUGAUGCACCGUUCCGAGUGCCACUGGUACCACUGCUACCGGGGAUCAGUAUUUUCGUCAACAUCUAUCUGAUGCUCAUGCUGGACGUGUACACCUGGAUACGGUUUGGCAUAUGGAUGGGAAUUGGACUAGUGAUAUACUUUACGUGCGUGUGCUGCAACAUGCGUUCGGCAAAAAAUCCAGACGUUCGUGUGCCAAAUUUCCCCGCCGUAGAAACAUCGUCCGAAAUGGGCUACAGAAGAAAUGAUAUCGAUGAUGCAGAGCUGGAAAAUGGUUCUGUAGUCACUGGGUCCAACCUUACCGUCCGGGAGCACACGAACUACCCGCAACAGAAUGGGUACUAUUCACAAAAUCUUAGCACCGCUAUAUCCACCGAGAUGGUCAAUAAGGAUGCCCGAUUAGUAGAGCUGAAACCAGCCGCUCCCGUUAAAGAGUUGGCAGCUGUAUCUGCUUUAGUUGUGGCUGGUACCGGUUCCGAACCGGAAGAAGAUCAACGGCAAACGAAACAAUCAAGAUCGAACACAUCGACGCCCAAGAGUAGCUUCGACGAGAUCAUACCACUAUCCGAGGGUACGGUGCGCGGUUUUACGGAAAAAGUCGAACCGAACGGGAAGGUUUAUUUUGUGACACAGGAAGAAGAGCCUAGCGAGCGAGAUGCGCGAAAAAUCACACCUCCAAGAAAUGGUGAACAGACAGAGCCCGGAUCUUUGACGGACGAGAAAGAAACAUCCAAAGCGAUCGCAUUUUUGGAUCACAUUCUGGACGAUGAAGAUACCCUACCAUCCGGAGAAGAAAACCUCAGCUCGGCAGAUUACAUCGGCAGGACAAAGUGUGACGAUGAUGAGUCACUGGCUAGUCCCGUCUUCCGAGAGCAAUCUGUUAUCGCCGAUAUCCAUCGAGCGGACGAUAGUAUUGUGGAGGUAGAACACAAGGUACACGGUACGGAAGAAUCACUGGCUGAGGAAGCCAAAUGUACCUCCGAAAGUGACCAUCCUCUAGACGAGCAGUCGGUAAACCAAGAUGUCGUCAUUAAAACGGGUAAGGCAAUACAAACUCCUACGAUAACGGUGGACAGUGAAGAAUCUCCAACAGAUUCUGGAAACGAUAAGGCUAAGCUAAAACCCCGAGUAAUGUACAUCGCCGGUAUGGGAGAGGCCGGUGAACCCGCUCCGAAACAGCUCACCGAGGAAGAGCAAGACUUUAUCAACUUCCGUGCGGCAGAAAAAGAACGGUUUAUGAGUCGGCUUAGCACGUUACUUAUCAAUCCAGUGAAGGUACCGCUCAAACGACUACAUCCGGCAGAUGAGGUUCAGUUGGAAGGAGAGCGUGACGUUUCUGCCCGCCAGCUCUCCAUAGUGACUCCAACGGGUGGACCCGGCAUAAUUCGCUCAACGAGUGAACCCAGCUUUGUGCUGUUACUGAACAAACUCAGCCAUUCAAAUUCUCCCAAUGAAAGUGAAACAGACGAACCGGAAAGCGACAGGGCACGAUCGGAGUACAGCAGCGUUGUAAUACCACCGGCUCCAAAGUUUGACGAAACGCUGUUCAACACAAUCCGCGCUGGGUCAAUUAUUCCCGAUACUCCGAAGAGUCCCAUCCCGCUGGCUCCCAAGUUCGACCCGGUGCUAUUUAACACACUUGGGAAGGGAAAGUCCCAACGGGCUUCGAUUCUACCUACAGAGUCCAUACCAUCAACGCCUCUCCCCGCUCCCGUAACUUCCUCCGAGGGUGCAUAUCAUGAGGUGGAAUUGAAGAAGCUUAAACCUGUACCCAGCUCUACCGUAAUUCUUCCCUCCACUCUCAAAUCUGACUCUUCCGGGAAGGAUGCUGCUCGAGAUGAAGGUGUUAGCAGCACCGACACCGAUACGGAACCCUCAAACCCCCGGGCCGCCUUCAGGUCGCGACUGGAGAAAAUUCUCCAACGAGGACCCCUGGACGUAAUGGGACGCCCGAAAACGUUACAACCAACCACCGUGGUAGCGGUCAGUGAGGAAAAUCUGCCACGAACGAUCGGUGAUCAGCAGCAACCGGCAUCGAGCACCGAUUCCGGGCUCAGUAUGGCCUCGUCUAGCAAUUCCAUCUCCUCCACCACACCCGCCACGACGAAACCACGCGAUGAAAGCUUUCGUGAUCGGGCCCGGGGGUUCGAUACGGCAAAGAAGAAACAGAAGCUCCUGUUCGACGAUGUGCUCAAGUCGAUCAAUCCCGAAACGCGACCCAGCAGUAUACGCAAUUCGGUUGAGCAUCGGGUGUCAUUCCGCAACUUCAAGGAUGGUCUACGAAAGACGGUUCCACCGAAACAGUUUCUGCCAGAUGCAUAG